UAUUGCUGACGAUUUGACAAAGUGGCCACAGAUAUCUCUCUCGCUGAACGAUUGGCAGGGUAGUGCUGCCGCACUAGAAGUUUGCUAGAAAUUGUGUAUCAUAUUUAGGUAACUUUAUGGUGUAAUUCUGUUAAUGGAGGAAACGCAGGAGAAAUCGCACCCGGGCAAACCGGGCUCGUCGUCCCGGGGAGUGUCGCGGGUGCUGGGCAAGCUGCGCGCCUCGGUCGAGUCGAAGAACUUCUACGAGGCGCAUCAGAUGUACCGCACGCUCUACUUCCGGUACGUGUCCCAGGGGAAGUACGCGGACGUGCUGGAGCUGCUGUACGACGGUGCGCUGACGAUGCUGGAGCACGAACAGUACAGCAGCGGGGCCGAUCUCGGGCUGCUGAUCAUACAAACGCUCGAGAAGGCGGGCAGCACGGUCGAGACGCCCGAGCAGUGGAUCAAGCGGCUGGCGGAGCUGGUCAGCAAGAUCAAGCCGACCGUCGUCGAUCGGGAAGCGUUGCUUGACCGGGCCAUGAAGUGGAGCGGCUCGCUCGUGUCGUCCCCGACGGGCCACCCGCUGAUGCACAAGCUGUUCGCCCAGAUCCUGUACCGCGAAGGGGACCUGACGCUGGCCCGGCGCCACUUCGCGCUCGCCAAGGACGGCGUCAGCUGCGGCUUCCUGCUGAUCGAGAUCAGCUGCGCCAAGGGGUUCCCCGGCGAGGUGGACCUGUUCGUCGGGCAUACCGUGCUGCAGCAGCUCGCCCUGAAGGAACCGGCAACGGCCGCGAGCACGUUCGCCACCUACUGCAAGUUUCACGCUAGCAUCGCCUGCACGGAGCCGCCGUUCGCGAUGCCGCUGCUCAACUUUCUCCACUUCCUGCUGGCGCUGGUCGAGCAGAACAAUCGCAUGUACGCCACGUUCCGGGCGCUGUGCGAGCUGUACAAACCGUCGCUCGAUCGCGACCCGUCCUACGAGAAGUAUCUGCAGAAGAUUGGCGUCAAGUUCUUCGACGGCAGCCGGUACGAGCAGCGCAACUUCAUGUUCAGCGAUCUGCUGCAGCAGUUCUUCAUCGAUCUGGAGGAGGACGAGCUCGAGGAGGGCACGACCAUGCACGGCGAGGUGGACUAGUUUGGGGGUUCUUUUUUUUGUUGUUGCUGUUGUUGUGAUCACGGACGGGACGUGUCGCUAUCUGAGGGCGCGCAGAAAGUCGUUACAAUAUGUGAGAGGAGCGUAGGCACAGAGAAGCAGGGGUGAUUGUGGAUUAGGGAAUAUGAAUUUUAUGUUUGCGAGGAGGAGCGAAACGUGUGCGAAUUUGCUGGUGGUGGAGGUGAUAUUGUUAGCUUACGAAUACUGGAGGUGGGGGGGGGGGGGUACGGUUCUAGCCAUCUUUUUUGUGGGCAGUUGGUGACUGAACUCAUGUCAGUCCUUGGUAGCGGGGGACGGUCCAUUCUAGGCUUGAACCCACACGUCAACACCCAAUACAAAACCGAACGCCAAACCAGGAUUAAUUCAGCCUGAAACAAAUAUAGGCAAACGCCGAUAUAUCGCAGGCACGAUCAGCUCACGAAUGAUUGAUUUUGUUUUGCCUGAACUAUAAAUAUUUGGUCAAGAAUGUACUUUAACCCAUUUCUAACAGACACGAAACGAAAAGAAAACGAUUUUUAAAUGACUCGUGGUUUGUACACGAACGGUCAUAAUUCACCUAAUAGGCUGCAAUGUCGGCAAUUCUGGUUUAAAUUAUAGAAGGGGCCACUAAUUGUAAUAAUGAGGCAGAAUCAGAUAACCAAUAGCACUGUUUAAACAAGAUUAAUAAGACCACACAUACCCGCACGAACAGACAAUUAUUGUAGACUCAAUCUGAGACCAGCGAAGGAAAAUGGAUCCGCAGCGUGCACGUGCUUUCAAACAAUCAAUAAUACACUGGGAAUCGCGGCAUUCCCCGCCAGAGCACGUGUUACGGAGGUGUACGAUAUUGUAACUGAAUUGUAACUGAAGAAAAAUAACGAAAGACGAUUGAGCUGAACUGAAGGAAUUUACGGCUUGAGUUAGCGCCAUCCAUCUUA